UCUGUUUCAGCAUGCAAGGCACCGCAACCGCCAGCUCGUAAAACCACCGGAUGACCUCAGCCUCCAGACCCAGCAACAAUGGUAAGAGCCAAUGGAGCCUCAAAACCAUCUGCUCGGAUCGACGUGAACGAAUAUGACCCCUAUGAAGUCCCGAGAGACCAGCUGGAUGUGACUCCAGAUCCAGCAGCCGGCGCCCGCAACAGCAUCAUCCGCUACGACCCAUACGAGAGCUCCUGGGUCGCCAGCUCGGGCCAGAGCCCGACUCUGGCACAACAAGGCCCAACACCCGAGAUCUCCUUCGAUGGCGGUCAGGCUACAGGAUAUAGUGACCAAGACUUCCAGGAUGAACAGAGGACGGCAGCAUGGCGGAUACACUGGAGGGCCCCGGCGCUCAUGAUUGGCCUUUUUGUCGUUGGCAUCGUGUUGGCAACCGGCCACCACUUUUAUUACCAGUCUCUGGAUGGGACCAUCGUCUCCUCCGACACGCGUCAGGAGUGGGCGUUGCGAGCUGGAACUGCCUUCGCGUUCCUCACCCACUCAUCUCUGGUCGCAUCGGCUGGGACAGCCUAUGUGCAGAGGCUGUGGGUCACUGUGAAGAGGAAGCAAUUCCGCAUUGGAGCGAUCGACAACAUCUUCUCGCUGCAGUCCAAUCCUUUCUCCUUCCUCAGCUGGGAGGUCCUGUCUAAGGCGAAGGUAUUAUGCCUACUCGGAGUGUGCAUCUGGUGCCUCCCCAUCGCAUCUGUGAUAACGCCAGCCACGCUGUCAGUGGUCAGUGGCUCAGUCACAGAAAUAAGGACGAUGAACGUCCCGUACCCAGACUACACGACCGGUAUGGCCAGCAACUGGGUCAACUUCGAAGGCGUGGGGAAUCUCGCCGGCCCGACCCCCGAGGUCUCGCGCAUCACCGCCGCGACGUUGACGUCGAUGGCAGUCCUCCCUUUCGCGGCACCACAUCCGAACUCGUCUUACUCGAUCGAGUACUACGGCCCUUCGUUCAAGUGCCAGAAUCUGUCCACCGCCAUCUCAAGCAACACGACGGCGGCCACGAUCCCGGCGUCAGAGCUGCAGGAAGCCUGGGACUCCGCCAUGGAAAACGUGUCCGGCACCCUGGACAUCCUCUACCUCGGCGUCUCCGCGGUGACCAGCAGCGCGGUCCAGUACGGACUGUUCGUCAACACCAACGGCUUCGGCGCGGACGGCGCCAACUACACCUGCAACGUGUGGAACACGAGCUACACGGUGGAUUUCACCUUCCAGGACGACGCGCAGGCCGCCUCGAUCCGCGGGUUCGAGCUGCUCAACAUCGCGGACAUCGACACCAGGUACACGGCGGUCAAGGACUACAGCCACGGGGAGCUGCAGUCCUGGGCCAUGUACCGGGCGCUGUCGGACGCCCUGGCGGCCGAGGUGGGCUGGGGCUCGACGGGCUCGCUGGUGGGCGACGGCAGCGGCGUGGUGCGGUCGGCGCUCGCCGCGUGCCCCGAGAUGGCGGCGGGGUCGUCCUGGAGGCAGCAGGACCCCUGGUUCAGCCCGGCCCUGUGCCGCGCCGGGUCCGUCCCGGCCGCCAUCGAGGACCUGUCGCGGAACCUGACGCUGAGCAUCCUCGGCUCCGCCCCGCUGGCCAACGAGACCGCCGCGCAGGUCACCGUCCACGAGCAGGCGACCUUCUACUCGUACAACUGGCGCGGCCUCGUCCUCGCCUACGCCGUCGCCGCCGCCGUCACCGCCGCGUGCCUCGCCGUCGGCGUGCACUCCCUGCUCGAGAACGGGUACAGCGCCGGGACCGGCUUCUCGAGCAUCCUGCUCACCACGCGGAACGCCGACCUGGACGAGCUGGCGAGGGGCCACUGCCUGGGGGAGGCCCCGCUGGCCAGGGAGGUCGGCGGCAGGCGGCUGCGGUACGGUAUCUUGGAUUCACAGGCUGAUAGCAUGGACGUCAAGUUGCCGCAUGCUGCUUUUGGGUUCGCGGAUGGUGUGCGCGACCUCAAGAGGGGAAAGCCAUGCUGGUGA